GUACCCGGCUUUGGGCUUGUUUCCUGGGUUAAAGGUCAGGUUAGGAGUGAAUCUGCGCAUCGGAGUUGGGCCUGGAGUAAGGUGACGCCGAACAUCCCUGGCGGCAUGUCAGCGGAUGCGGAGAACAUGCCGAAGGAGGCCGGCUCGGGCAAUGCGGGACUCGGCGAGGAUGAGGAGCACUGGCUCUACGGAGAUGAAAACGAUCCAAACAAGCAAGAGGAGGCAGCGCCCGUUGACAGUGCCGAUGCACCUGCUCCAACUUCUGCUGUAGAAGAAACUCGGGGUAAUGGAGUGAUGCGAGUUAAUCCUGCAGCCGAAGGGGAGGAUGAAAGCGAUAGCGAUAGUGAUGAUGAUGAUGACGAUGUUCAAGUAACCAUUGGUGAUAUUAAAACUGGAGCACCACAGUACACCUAUGGAGUGACACCUGUAAAUCUCAAUAUCAAGUCGUCAGGAAGACUUUAUGGAUCGGGGACAAAAGCUGGAAAGGGGGUUGACCUUGAUGCCCCUGGGGACAUCAAUGGAAUCCCAACGUUAGAAAUAGAUUUGGAUUCUUUUGAAGAUAAACCUUGGAGGAAACCAGGUGCUGAUCUUUCUGAUUACUUCAAUUAUGGGUUCAAUGAGGAGACUUGGAAGGCCUACUGUGAGAAACAGAAGCGACUGAGAAUGGGUCUUGAGCCCCUCCCCCUUGCCUCAACUACAAACAGAAUUACAGUACAGCAGGGUAGAACUGGAAACCCUGAGAAAGAACCAGAGAUACCACCCCCUAAGAUGGACUUCCCUUCUCCUCCAAAUCGUUUCAGGGCAGGACCUCCGCCCAACAGGUCAGAACUUGGGCAAAGAAGGCUGUCUGGGUCCAUAGAGGUUAUUGGAGGUCAGUUAAUUACCAUUGCUCGUGUGGAGGGGCGACGUCGGGACAGGGGUGGAGCAGAUGAAAAUGCCAUCCAGGUUCUUGGAGAUCAUGCAGCACCAGAAUUUAAUAACAAUGCCUCUACAAAACGCCCUCCAUUUAUGCCUCCAGGAGCACCUCCACCUCACUUGACUGGACCACCUCCCCCAUUCCUACCUCCUCCACCUCCUGUCAAUACCGGGCCUCCAAUUCUUCAUCCACCAGGAAUGCCUUUGACGACACCACCACCAGGUUUCCUGCCCCCACCUGGAGCUCCACCACCUUCACUUGUGCCAUUAGAAAGUGGACCUCCAACAUAUAACAGCCGUACUACAGCUCCAUUUGGUUAUACAACUAAUGAUUAUGGUAAUCUGACAUAUCCCAAUAUCCCAGUUUCCUCUUCCUGGAGUACCUUAAUUGACAACAACAACAAACAAUCAUCGCAGCAACAGCAACCACACUGGGAUUAUUACCCUCGGAGAGAGAGGGAACGGGAGCGUGAUCGUGAACGAGAGCGCACAAGGGAGAGAGAACGAGAUCGGGACAGAGACCGGGACCAUGAGCGAGAGCGCGAACGCAGUCCUAGUUCAAGUGUUUAUAAUGGUGAAGAAGGUCGGUAUAGGCACAGAGACUACUCAUCCGAUAAAGGCUAUGAUCGUGAUUACCAUCAUCGGGACAAAGUUAGCAGGGAAAAAGAAGAUCGGCACAAAGAACGCCGACACCGGGACAAAGAAGAAGGGAGACACAAAUCUUCUAGAAGCAGCAGACGGCGCCAUGACAGUGAAGAGGUGGAUGGCCACAAACGACACAAACACAAGAAAUCUAAGCGAAGCAAGGAAGAUAAAGAAACCAAUGAGGAAGUUUCCCAGGAACCAGAACCCAGUGAAGCUGCUAGCAGUAAUUAGAUCUCUGGAUCCUUACCUAUUGGCUUAUAUUGCUGAUAAAGGGAAGGAAAAUGUUGGAAAUGCUUGAAAAUCAUUCAGGUGAUGGUAACCUACUAAACUGAAUUUCUGCAGAAAUCAGAAAUUCAGAAUUAUUUCAAAAGACUGUUGGAAGUAUGUGGUGCUUUUAAGCAUCUAUUAUGUUAUUAAAACAUAAUUACAAUGUUUGUAUUAGUUUAUUGAAGAUUAAUAAAAUUUGUUUUUUUUUGUUUAAAAA